UUCAACUCGCGAACCGAGAGCACCUCGCGAUUCCACCAAAAAACCAAAUCAGUUGAGAACCAAAAGCCACUUUGUUUACGGUCGUGUGUGUGCAAAAAGCAAAGAAAUUAAAAAUAAAAAAUAAAAACAAAUCAACGGGAAACGGGCCAUUAUCAGAAUAUGGCCAUACCACCGCCACCGGGUCCACCCCCGCCGCCAGGACCACCCCCGCCGCCGGCCAUGGGCGGCCUCAAGCUAGGCGGAGGCGGGGGAGGAGGAGCCGAUGCCCGAUCCGCCCUGCUCAGCUCCAUCCAGAAGGGCACCAAGCUGCGCAAAACCAACACAGUGGACAAGAGUGGCCCAUCGCUGGCCGGCAAAGUCUGCGGCUCCGAUGGAGGAGGUGGAGGCGGAGCUGGACCCAAGCGCACCCUUAACAACAACAUCUCCACCAGCAACAACAACAACAGCAGCAGCAACAGCAAUGGCCUUGGCAAUGGAGCUCCCAAAUUGGGAGGCCUGUUUGAAGGCCUCUCGCAAAUGCCGAAGCUGAAGCCCGUGAACGGCAUUCGCGCAGCGCCGUCCGUCGCGGCAGCAACGAAAUCAACGGCUCCGCAGCGCAGCAACAGCCCCCCCACCGCCGCCGCUGCCUCUGCGGCCAGCAAUGGCCCCAUGGACUUCAACACGGAGCUCACCAAGCACCUGACACUGAAGCGCCAAAAACAGCAGCAGCAGCAACAACCACAGCCGACGGGCAACAACACACAUAUCAAUGCCACGGAGGCCAAUCUGAGGACGAACCGGGGACCUCCACCGCAGCCGCCAAAGGCCAGCUCCGGGGACUCGAUCUUGGACCGCAUGAACAUCCCCCGCACACCAGCACCGCCGAACUCCGCCUCCGCCUCCAGCUCCAUUCACGCCUCCUCGAAGGCGGCGUCGCCCACGCUCUCGGACAGCGGGAGCAACAACAGCAGCGCCAGUGGUCAUGGAGGCGGCAGCGUCAAGAGCAAAGCGGCCAAUCUGAAUAUCUCGUUAGGCAGUAGUUUUGUAAAUAGUUCCAAGACAACCUCAAGUGCCUCCACCACGUCGCUGAGCUCCAGUCGCACAUCCUCGACGGGAUCGCUGCGCAAUCUGGCGCCGAACAAGUCGACUUUGUUCGGCGGUGCCAGCAGUGCCACAACCGGGUCGGUCUCUGGUGAGGGGUAUGCGAGCGUUCAGAAACCAUCGCCCCCCUCCACGGCCACACCCACACCCCCAUCCACACUGCCCUCCGCGCCGCAGCAGCAGCAGCACACCACGAAGCCGGCGAUCAGCUUCGGGAAACCGAACUUCGCCCCAAAGCCGCCGGGUCUGCAGCAACUGGCCAUGGCCAACGGCCAGCAACGUCCGGCGGUGACCAGGCACCACAGCAUGAAGUCCCCCAGAUCUCCUCCAGCAGCGGGAGGCGUCAACGGGCCUGUGUUCCCCACCCAGCAGCACUUUGGCACCAUGAGGGCGCCCCUGCAGUUCCAGGGCAGCGAGUCCUCCAGCAGCCUCAACACCAGUGCCGGCAGUAUGCGAUGUACCCCCAAUCCUCCCAAAUCCCGCCCCUCGGUGAAACCGCCGCCACCUCCGACGCCGGCACGCAGCUACUCGAACAGCAAUCUGAACAACAUAAGCGGCUCCUCGACGCCCUUCAGCGCCGUCAACACGGCCCUGAUACAGAGCUCCAGCAGCACCACCCAAGCCCCGUCGCCGCCCAUCACACAACCGCCCUCCUCCUCCAGCAGCAGUAGCAGUGUGGCCGCCCUGCGCGACCAGUUCCGCGUGGGAGCUGGCAUGUCUAAUGGCAGUGCACCCUCGCCGACGCCCACCUUCAGCUCGUCCUCCGCCACGGCCAGUCCCAAGGCCUCGAUGAUGCGCGAGAAUGUCAAGCCGAUUAUUUUGAACGGAGGUCCUCUGAAUCCUCCAGCCCCGCCUCCGCAUCGCAGCUGUCCGCCACCGCCGCCGCCGCAGCGACAGUCUAGCAACGGCGGAUCCGGAUCGGGAGCAGCACCUGUACCACCGCAGCGACACUCUUCCAUCAGGCCGAACGCCCCGUCGACGCCACCCACGCACAUGGCCAACUCCUCGCACCAGUUUGGCAGCAGCUCGGGCCUGUCCGGGUCCGGAUCAUCGGGCUCGGGUCUGGGGGGAGCUGGCGCCAGCGUGGGCCGCCUGGUCAUCGAUCUGGAGACAAAGUUCGGGAAGCGAUUCCACAACGUUACGGAGUUCCCAAAGCCGCCGCCCUUCCUAAACAUACAAAAGGUGUAUCCUAGUCGCACGUUUAAGGCCACCAACGCUGCACCUGCUCCGGCGCCCAUCGCCAACAACAAUAACAACAACAGCUCGGUGGCCAGCAACAACAACACGCCCACGAAUCCGAAUCCGGGUGGCGGAGGAACACCAGCUCCGGCUCUGAAGCCGGCCUAUGCACCGAUGAAGAAGCACCGAGCGCCAGCCCCGCCGCCCCAAGCGGGCGUGGCCGCUGCCACCGUAUCUGUCAUCCGGCAGUCGAGCUUCCUGUACGGCGGGGCCGCCGCAGCCGGAGGUGCUGGUGGUGCGGCAGGCAUCCGGCCGCAGUCGCAGUCGGCGGGGAGCGGGCCCCGGAACUCCACCGUCUACUGAGGGGGGAGCAAGUCUCUGAUCUGUACAUAAGUGUGAUGAUUGUGUGCCGCCGGUGUGUCUGUGUAUGCGAGUGUGUGUGAUAGGUGCCUCUAGAGUGGUUCCAAAGCACCCAAGGAGAGUGCUUAGAAUAAACGAACACAAUAGCACACUGCAAGAAAAUCCCCCUCAAGAAAAAGAGCUUCAAGAAGCACACAAAAAUAAUUCGUUGGCGUCUUCCCAGUUACAAAAGGAAUAGCCUUUGCCACAAAACCUGUAUAUAGGAUUAUAGCACCAGGAGUUAGUGAAAUUAUCAAACAGCAUUCUAUUAUAUGUAUAUCUUUUUGUAUGUACUCUGGGAGCAGGGCGCUUCUAAAUAUUAAAUAUCUUACUAGACUGAACAUGUUAAAGAAACCCAAAAA